AAAUUGGCCAAAGGAUGCUAAGUACUUAGUGCAGUUUGGACCAGCAGCGGACAAACAUGACGUGAUAAAAUUAGGAUUGAAACCAGAGUCGCCCUAACGUAUUAAAAUAUGGAGGACACCUCAGAGAAGACUUGUCUCCUCUCAGAGUAUGAGCCGAAUCACAACCCCCAGAUCACAGUAGACGUGCCACAGGGGGAUGCCUCGAGGGAAAUGGCCCGGAACAAACGACGGAAUCUCCAGAGCUCAGUGACAGUCCUGGAAUCAGUGGAGGUUCCCAAUAAUUCCCAGGAUUACGUGUCCCACAGCUAUAACAGUUCACAGGGUGAAGAGCUCCCUGACAGAUUAAAAAUCUCGAAUUUACAAAGUCUGAUGCACCUUUUGAAGGGUAACAUUGGGACAGGAAUUCUGGCCAUGCCGAUAGCGGUCAGCUAUGCUGGACUUUGGGUUGGUUCUACUGGUAUUUUACUGCUGGGAUUUUUAGCAACACACUGUAUGCACACUCUGCUGAACUCGAGUACUCAUCUACGACGGAGGGAAAAGACAGCAGCACUUGACUAUGCAGCUACUCUUCGGCUUAGUUUGUCCAGUGGACCAAUAUUCCUCAGGAGAUUUGCAGGUCUGGGAAGUUUUUUGAUCAAUAUGUUUCUGAUGAUGACACAGUUUGGUUUUUGCUGUGUUUACCUCCUCUUUGUGGCGACCAACGUCAAACAGGUGCUCCACUCCUUUUGGUCAGGUGACCCCAGUCUUUCAGUGUAUAUCAUCCUCAUCGCAGCAAUCCUCAUUCCCUAUUGCUUGAUUAGGAAUCUCGUACACCUCGCUCCGUUUGCAAUGUUUGCCAACGUCCUAAACACAGCGGGUUUGGUGAUUAUCUUCCAAUAUAUUUUCCGCAAUCUGCCCGACCAGAGCACCCGACCAGCAGAUAAGUCAUAUGAGAAACUGCCGCUGUAUUUUGGGACAGCUCUGUUCACUUAUGAAGGAAUUGGCCUGGUUCUACCAAUUGAGAACAAGAUGAGGACCCCGAAGGCUUUCCUUGGGUGGAAUGGAAUCCUUAAUCUCGGGAUGAUCACUAUCUGUUCUCUGUACACUGCCAUGGGCUGGUACGGCUACCUCAAGUUUGGGGACGACGCCAAGGGGAGUGUGACCCUGAACCUCCCCACAGAUGAAUUUCUAUACCAAAUGGUUCUUCUGAUGUUUUCAUUAUCGCUGUUUAUCUCAUUUGCAUUACAACUGUAUGUCCCUAUCAGAAUUAUCUGGCCGAAGAUAGAGCCUCACCUUGUGUCUAAAAAAAAGAAGCGUGGGGGAGAAUAUGUUCUCAGGAUUUCUCUUGUUGUCCUCACAGCUGUUGUUGCCAUAGUGGUUCCUGAGUUAGACUUGCUUAUCUCCCUUGUGGGGGCGCUGGCCAGUAGCUCCCUGGCUUUAGUGUUUCCUCCCCUGAUAGAAAUCCUGACCUUCAAAGCACCCAAUGAAAAACUGUCCUUCAUCAUUCUCGUAAAAAACAUUGUUAUUAUGGUGUUUGGAAUUUUUGGAUGUGUUGUUGGGACAUGGAUAUCUAUAGAUGAAAUUAUCAAGAAAAGAAAUUCACAGAUGACGACUUUAAUGCCAGUCAGUUCCACGACAGCAAAUCCUACACAUGAUUUAACUUUGUAUAACACGUUAUGACAAGCGCUUCUUCACCUAGGUGUGAAUUCCUCAACAAUAUAUCUCAACAGAUUGCAAACAUGUUAUGGUCACUUGUUGUUAUGUAACGAUUGAGUCCCUCAAUAGAAUCCAGCCCUGGUGGUAAAGUAUGUCAUGACCUUUUGCUCAGUAGCAGGUUUCCAUUUCAAUUUCUUCUUCUGGUGAUACAGAAUAUUUAACCAAGAUCUAUGUGUUAAUUUUUAUGACUGAAGUGUCUUUGAUGCUGGUUAUCAUGGACCAAUGGUAUCAUCUGUUACAGUCAAGUCAGAUAAGAAUUAUUUUGGACCAAUGAAAAUUUCUGUUAUUUGGUACAAUGCAUUCAUUAUAUUCAUUUGUGUAUAAGAUAUUUUUUUUAUAUUUUAGUUUUAUUGUUGGGAGUUUCUAUGAAUUGUUAUGAACAUACGAUUGAAUUUUAAUUUUUUA